UGUGGUCUCGUUGUAUCGCUGUCUCCACCUCGAUUAGGGUUAAGGAUUUGAGGCGAAAUUCAUCUUCAACCAUACAACCAAUCUUCAAUCAUGGAUAUGCUGAAGAAGCGAAGGCUCGACGAGAACGGCAACGGGAUCCUCAACGACGUCUCUUCCCGAUUGACUCCACACGACGCGAGGAAACUCAUCGAGCGAUUCUCCACCGAUCAGCUCCUCGACAUCCUACAAAACGCCGUCGCGCGGCACCCCGACGUCCUCGAGCUCGUCCGGUCGACGGCCGACUCGGACAUCACGCAGAGGAAGCUCUUCAUCCGCGGCCUCGCGGCGGAGACGACCACGGAAGGUCUCCGAUCGCUCUUCUCCGCUUACGGAGAUCUCGACGAGGCGAUCGUGAUCCUCGACAAGGUGACCGCGAAGUCGAAGGGGUACGGGUUCGUGACGUUCAAGCACGUGGACGGAGCGCUCCUCGCUUUGAAGGAUCCGUCUAAGAAGAUCGACGGGCGCGUGACGGUCACGCAGCUCGCCGCCGCUGGGAAUCAAGGUGGUUCUGCUGGUGCUGCGGUGUCGGCGAAUGUUUCGGAUGUGUCGAUGAGGAAGAUUUAUGUGGCGAAUGUGCCGGUUGAUAUGCCUGCGGAUAGGUUGUUGAAUCUGUUUUUAGCUUAUGGGGAGAUUGAGGAAGGUCCUUUGGGGUUUGAUAAAGUUACUGGGAAGUCGAGAGGGUUUGCUUUGUUUGUGUAUAAGACUCCUGAAGGUGCUCAAGCUGCGCUUGCUGAUCCUACUAAGGUGAUUGAUGGAAAGCAUUUGCAGUGUAAGUUGGCUAUUGAUGGUAAGAAGGGAAAGCCACCAGGUGUUGGUGGUGUUGGUGGUCCGGGUAAAGAUGUUGUUGCUGGGCCUGGAAACGGUCUUGGUCAUGGUCAUGGUAAUGGAAUGGGUGUGGCUCCUCCUCCUGGAGGACCUUAUGCUGGACCUGGUGGGGUGGGUGGUUACGGUGGGUACUCUGGAGGACCACCACCGCAGCAUCAGAUGAAUCACGCACCGUCUUCUAUGGGUGGUGGUGGUGGAUAUGGAGGUGCGUAUGCAGGUCAUUAUGGUGGAUACGGUGGUCAUCCAGGAUCUGGGGGCUAUGGUCUUGGUACAGGUGGUGGUUAUGGUGGGCCUGGUGCUGGAAGUGGUCCGUAUAGAAUGCCACCAAGUUCGAUGGCUGGUGGUGGUUAUCCAGAGAGUGGGCACUAUGGGCAUUCAUCAGGUUCAGGGUAUCCUGGACAGCAUCAGCCUGUUGGUUCCUCCACAGCUCCGAGAGUUCCUCCUGGAGGAAUGUACCCCAACGGUCCACCGCAUUACUGAAUGGUUUGUUGACAGGGCGAAGAUGGUUUUUGUGCUUAAUGGUGAUUACGUGAUUGCAGCCUCUUUAAAAAUCUCUGGAUUGAUGAAUGUAUUGCUGCUUUGACCUAUGUCUCUCUGCACUUGAAUUUAAUGUGUGUCUUGGCCUCUGAAUACCUAGUUGUUCUCUAUGAAUGAUUAGAUUAGGAUGUCUUACUUGUAUUUGUUUUUUUAAUUUCAUAGACAUAGUUGGCAGAUUGGUUUUGUUUGUCAGAUUAGUGAACUUUCAAUACAAAUGGUGUUAUUUGUCUUU